AUGCGCUUCAACGUUAUCGGCCUCUCGGCCCUUCUGGCAAUCACUGCCUCCGCGCUCCCUGUCGCCAUUCCCGACGUCCACUACGUCGAGGAGACCGUCUGGGAGACUGUCUAUGAAACCGUCUACCAGACUGCCACUCCGAUCAGUGCCCCCACCAACCUUGUCGAGGCGGUUGCCAUUCCUUCCACCACCACCACCACCACCUCCUCUGUCAUUUCCUCGACUUGGACUCCCGUCGCCUCGACCACCAGCAUCCCGACUCUGAGCAUCCCCAGCAGCAGCGUCGCCACCGUCGUGCCAACUCCCACCAGCGUUUCUUCCAGCUCCACCAGCACCAUCGUCCCAUCCAGCACCACCGUCGUCCCGUCCAGCACCAGCAGCAGCCCCACCGCCACCGGCAGCGGUCUCUCCAUCGUCAACAACCUCUCGGAGAACGUCUACCUGUGGGUCGUGACCGAGACCGCCGGCGAAAUGCAGACCGUUGCCUCCGGCGCUACCUUCACCAGCAACACCUGGCUCACCAACACCAACGGCGGCGGUAUCUCCAUCAAGAUGUCCACCACCGAGGUCUGCGACGACGUCCUCCAGUUCGAGUACACCCAGUCCGGUGACGUCCUCUUCUGGGAUAUGUCUUCUAUCAACCUGCUCAAGACCUCGACCUUCGUCCAGGCCGGAUUCGCUGUCACUAUCAGCGAUUCCUCCUGCCCCACCGCUACCUGCGCUCCUGGUGAUGCCGACUGCUCCGAGUCCUACCAGCAGCCUGAUGAUGUCAACACCUUGGCUUGCGGUAUCGAUGCCGCUUACACUCUCACUCUCGGUUAG